UAUUUCUAUGCAGAACUUAUUCAUCAUGCAUAGUCCACGUAGGUGCGGAGAAAAAUAUUACGAAGAUGGUCCUGACUACUCUCGGAUUCAUCAUUUGCACAGGGUGGCAUAAUAAACAGGAUCGUAACUUUAUCUUGUUCAAACAGAUCUCCACACCGAAGUUCGCCACUGUUAACAAAUAAACAUCUUUCAAUCUGACAGAUCCCCCCUGGCACUGUCAUUCUACAUUCAUUCGCACAUUGCUCUUAUGACUGGCGUCGAUAAUGUCAUCCUCCGAAAUCUCCUUUUAUUCCGGUGGUCCUGCACCAGCUAUCCCGGAUAGUCUCUGGCAAUGGCUAUCAUCCACCGGCGCCGAGAGGCUCGAUGCAGAAGCAUUAGCUGCACUACAUCAGCCAGCAAGUCACUUAUCCAACCUCAUCAGAACACAAACUCCAUCGCAGGAUUACUUUAGCUGGACCUUCCGCCAGCUAAUCGAAGCAGCCGAAUCCGUCGCUGCUAGUUUUGUUUCUGGAGGUGUGAGGCCAGGUGACGUGGUCGCGCUGUUUGUACCCAAUUCCGCGGAAUGGGGUGUACUUCUAUGGGCGUGUUUUCGGAUAGGGGCUGUUUUCGCGCCAAUUGAUCCGACUGCUCUUGGACGAGCGGAGGAAUUGGAGUAUUUGAUAGGAGCACUCGACCCGAAAGUGAUUGUUGUUCUGGAUGAGACAGCUGCCAGGGCGUAUAAUCAGCAUUGCUCGAGGGAAAUUAUGCUGCAGCUCAUUUGCAACGGUGGUACUCUUCCGGGCUGGCUGUCUCUAUCUCACCUAAUCCCUCCGAUGAACAUCACACUUCCACCGGCCAAAAGCGACCCCGACGUAGUGGCUUACAUUCUUUUCACAAGCGGAACGACUAGUUUCCCCAAAGGCUGCCCAUUAACAGUCCAGAACAUCAGCGCAGAAAUCACCGGCUACCAUUCCUUUUACGGUAGCCGAUGGGACCCCACAGCGCGAUUCCUAGUGACAAGCAUGUGUUUCCGCCCGAUAUGCUAUCUCGGCUGCCUCAACUCAUGGCGAGGAGGCGGUUGUGUUGUGGUUCCCAGCAGUUACUUUAGUGAUGAAAUUGCUCUUCGAGCCAUUGUUACGCAGCAAAUUACCAAUAUGAUGCUUGUGCCCAGCCAGGUGCGGUCAUUGUCGAAUAGUCCGGCGCUGACCACGCAUCGUCCCUCGACGUUAAGGUUCGUGACUUGCUCUGGGGAUACGUGUCAAGCGGAUGUGAUCGCCCAGGGCAAAAGGAGCCUACAGACUAAGCGAUUGGUGUUCCAUUGGGGUAUGUCAGAGGGUGCGCCGCUAUUCGGGUGGUUGGGCGAGGAACCGAUUCCGGUUACUGGCCAGGGAAAUAUUCCUGGUCUGGGGCGUGCAUUGCCAGGCACGGCUAUCCGGAUUUGCGAAAGCGGGAAUGACAAUAACAUCGUGGCCCGUGGUGUCGUUGGUGGGUUGGAAGUCGACUCGACCAGUCUCGUAAAUUGGUAUCUGAGCGAAGAGCAUACCAGCAAGGCAUUCUUGGAAGACGAAUUUGGAAGGCGAUGGUUCAAAACCGGUGACCUUGCGUAUAUGGAUGGCUCUGGGGUGAUUUUCAUCGUCGGAAGAAGUAAGGAUAUGAUCAAGUGUAAAGGAGUUGGUAUUGUGCCAUCGAUAGUGGAGGAUUGUCUAGAGAAGGCUUUUUUGGAUGAGGUUCAAGUCGUGGGAAUACCAGACCCGUCAUACGGAGCCAAAGCCAUAGCUGUGAUGAAAGGAGCACGACUAGAGACGGACGAUCUGCCCGACAUUCGACGGAAAGUGAAGCAGCAAAUUAUUCAAACACUCGGUCCGGAGUACACGUUAGGAGGAGUUGCAUUCUUUUCGGACUUGGGCUGGUCAGACUGGCCGAAGAAUUCGAGCCACAAGAUUGUGAAGAAGGAUAUUGUUGAUGCUAUUUUGCAGAGACAGGCAGUGUUGGGAUAAUUGUCAAUUGCGUG